AUGAAGUUCACCUACGUAGCUACGGCUUUCUUUGCUGGCAUUGUUGCAGCUGCUCCAAUUGCCACCGAGAAGCGCACAGAGGAGGUUGCCGAGCCCACCGUUGAUGAAAUUGCCGCUGCUCUCUACAAAGGAUGGACCGUUGCUGUCCCACCUAAGGCAAAACGCGCAGAGGAGGUUGCCGAGCCUACUGUUGAUGAGAUUGCUGCUGCUCUCUACAAGGGAUGGACCGUUGCUGUCCCACCUAAGGCAAAACGCGCAGAGGAGGUUACCGAGCCUACUGUUGAUGAGAUUGCUGCUGCUCUGUACAAGGGAUGGACUGUUGCUGUUCCACCUUAG